AUGAAAUCGUGCGGUGUGUCGCUAGCCGCUGCUGCCUGCGUUGCUGCUCGAAGUCUCGGCGCUGCUGGUGAUGAGGGUAAGAAAAUGGCGGCGGGAAAAGCGAGUGAAACCGAAGAAGACUUUGCGAAGCUAACGGCACAGGAGAGGGACAGCUUGGUUGGAAUCGACAGUUCACUGUUUGGAUUUCAGAGGCUUCAUGAAGAUGGCGCCAGAACGAAGGCCUUGCUGUUAAAGGCUAUUCGCUGCUAUGAUGCCCACAUUUUGAAAGCUGAAGGAAAAGUUAAUCCAGAGCUGUUCUGUCAGUUGGGGCACUUCAACCUCUUAUUGGAGGAUUACCCAAAAGCAUUAUCUGCAUACCAGAGGUACUACAGUUUACAGUCAGACUACUGGAAGAAUGCUGCCUUCUUAUAUGGUCUUGGAAUGGUUUACUUCCAUUACAAUGCAUUUCAGUGGGCGAUAAAGGCGUUUCAGGAGGUGCUUUACAUUGACCCCAGCUUCUCCAGGGCCAAGGAGAUCCAUCUGCGACUGGGUCUCAUGUUCAAAGUAAACACAGACUACGAGUCAAGCCUGAAGCACUUUCAGCUGGCUCUGAUUGACUCGACCCCCUGCACUUUGUCCAAUGCGGAGAUUCAGUUCCACAUUGCUCAUUUAUAUGAAAUUCAGAAGAAAUACCGCACUGCAAAAGAAGCUUACGAAACUCUCUUGCAAACAGAGAAUCUUCCAGCACGAGUGAAGGCAGUUACCCUCCAACAGUUAGGCUGGAUGCAUCACACAGUGGAGCAACUGGGAGAUAAAGCCAACAAGGACAGCUAUGCUAUUCAGUGUCUGCAGAAGUCACUAGAGGCUGACCCCAGCUCUGGACAGUCGUGGUACUUCCUGGGCAGGUGCUACUCCAGUAUUGGGAAGGUCCAGGAUGCAUUUAUCUCUUACCGGCAAUCUAUUGACAAGUCAGAGGCCAGUGCAGACACAUGGUGCUCAAUAGGUGUGUUGUAUCAGCAGCAGAACCAGCCUAUGGAUGCACUGCAGGCCUAUAUCUGUGCAGUGCAGUUGGAUCACAGUCACGCAGCUGCCUGGAUGGACCUGGGCACGCUCUAUGAGUCCUGCAGCCAGCCACACGAUGCCAUCAAAUGCUACAUUAAUGCCACAUGCAGCAAAUCCUGCAGCAACAUUGCUGCCCUCACUACACGCAUUAAAUGCCUCCAGGCUCAGUUGUGUAACCUUCAGCCAGGUAGUCUACCGAGUAAAAGUAAAAUGCUCCCCAGUAUUGAGGAGGCGUGGAGCCUACCCAUUCCAGCAGAGCUUACCUCCAGACAGGGCGCCCUGAACACAACACAGCAGGCCUGUAAACCUCACCAGAAUAAUGAAGGCCAUCCACAGAUCCCACCUCAGACUCUGCCUGCCCAUGCACUUUCCUCCAGUCAGGGAGACCACCAGUCCAGCCCUGCCAAGAGGAAGAGGGCCGACAGCCCUGUCAAGAAUUCCCCAGAUUCCUGGACAAACAACCCUGUUCAACAACAAAUUCCCAGCUGGUACUUAACACCCCAGAAGCUUAAGCUCCUGGAGCAGUUACGGGCCAAGCGGACAAGUCUUAAGCCAGUACAGCUUCAGAUGCUGGAACAGUUGGAAAGGCAGCUUGUUUGCAUGCAACAGCAGCAGAUGAAACAGAACGCCGGUCAGCUGCCGCAAGCCCUUUCCAACGGUCCGACCACAGACCCUUCAUUGCCUGUGAAUUCUGCUCUCCAUCUCUCUUCUUCCCACCACUCACACGCUGCCCUCUCCCAAACACCCUCUGCCACUCAGUCUGCAGCCCGCUCUCCCUGCACCUCUCAACCAACGGCUAACGGACCCUUCUCGGCAAGCCCCGCCCCGUGCAGCACAGCUGGAACUCUAGGUAACACAGACACCGUGUCUGUGGGCAAUAAUCACGCACUAGGACUAGGGAGCAAUGGAAACGUGCCUUACCUGCAGCAAAACGAACUACCUCAUAACUGCACAACCCCCACCAGCAGCAGCAGCAGCAGCAUAGACGAGCCGUGGAAAAGCCAACAAAUCAACUCCACUCAGGGGCUUCAGAAAAGUCCAGGUUUGCAUAUGUCAGGUCCCAAUGGCCAUCAGCCUUUCCCUUCCACUGGGACCUUCCAGCCUACCCAGGCUGCUGAUGCUGGCGUUCCAAAUCAGGUCGGACAUUCCACCGUGGCCAGUGACCUGUCAGCACAGGAGGCCACCCUUACUCACCUCUCCUCUCCCAUCUCCCCUCAGUCUGCUACCUCAGGUGGACAACAAGGCAUGGCCCACACCAAAGAGAGCAAGCCUUCAGGAAACGGGCACACUGCAGGAAUGCCAAACAGCACUGCCACGGCGGAGGGACUGCCUAAUCACGUCCAUCAGGGCCUGGCAGACGCUGCUGCAGCUCCGCCCGCCUCACCAGGUGUACUUAGUUCAGACAAUCCACAGCUCUCGGCCUUGUUGAAGGGAAAAGCCAAUAGUAGUAAUAAUAGUAAGGACCAUGGGGCGGCGAACGUCAGCACCAAGAUCAAUAACGUUCACCCCGCUCUCCACUUGGGCACCAAGACCCAGGAGAACUCUCUUUCCUCCUCUCCUUGCUCUGCCAUGUCCACAGCCACACCCUCUCCCAAAUCCACAGAGCACCCCGCUUCUUUGAACAGUGUUAACAGCCUUAAUAGCCCCACACUAAACGGCAGGGGCUCAGAGGACUCGCAGAGCCCGACGAAGGUGGAGUCUCCACUGGUCUGUCACAGGCCGAAACCCCCUGCAAUCGCCCCAUGGUCCUCCGUCUCCAUUUACCCCAGCUCCAGUGGGGUGCUCAAAGCCUGCAGGAACCUUGGGAAGAAUGGUGUAUCCAGCAGUAGCAUCUUGUUGGACAAAUGUCCUCCGCCACGGUCACCCGCUCCACCUUUCCCUCCUCUGCCAAAGGACAAACUCAACCCCCCAACCCCGAGUAUUUAUCUGGAGAACAAGCGGGAUGCUUUCUUUCCUCCCUUACACGAGUUCUGCACAAAUCCAGCCAACCCGGUCACAGUUAUCCGAGGCCUUGCCGGAGCACUCAAGCUUGACCUCGGUCUGUUUUCCACUAAGACGCUGGUGGAGGCAAACCCUGAUCAUUUGGUGGAAGUGCGGACCCAGUUUGCUCAGCCCACCGAUGAGAACUGGGAUCAGACGGGCACCAGGAAGCAGUGGCGGUGUGAGAGCAGCCGUUCCCACACCACCAUCGCCAAGUAUGCCCAGUACCAGGCCUCCUCCUUCCAAGAGUCUCUACGGGAGGAAAAUGAAAAGAAAGGGCAAAAAGAUCACUCUGAUUCAGAGUCAUCAACCGCAGAAAACAUGAUCCGGAAAAGGAAGGGCCCGUUUAAGCACAUCAAGUUUGGAACAAACAUUGAUUUGUCGGACGAGCGAAAGUGGAAGCUGCAACUGGCAGAGCUGAGCAAGCUGCCAGCGUUUGCGCGGGUUGUGUCUGCGGGAAAUCUACUCAGUCACGUGGGUCACACCAUCCUGGGUAUGAACACUGUCCAGCUUUACAUGAAGGUUCCUGGUUGCAGGACUCCAGGUCAUCAGGAAAACAAUAACUUCUGUUCUGUGAACAUCAACAUCGGCCCAGGGGAUUGUGAAUGGUUUGCUGUGCCUGAACCAUACUGGGGAGUCAUGAAUGAUUUCUGUGAAAAAAAUAAUAUAAAUUUCCUGAUGGGUUCAUGGUGGCCUAACCUGGAGGACUUGUAUGAGGCUAAUGUUCCAGUCUAUCGCUUCAUCCAAAGACCAGGAGAUCUGGUCUGGCUGAACACUGGCACUGUACACUGGGUCCAAGCCAUUGGUUGGUGUAACAACAUUGCCUGGAACGUAGGGCCUCUCACUGCACAUCAGUAUAAGCUGGCAGUGGAGCGCUAUGAGUGGAACAAACUCCAGAGUGUCAAAUCCAUUGUCCCAAUGAUCCACCUCUCCUGGAACAUGGCCAGGAACAUCAAAGUGUGCGACCACAAGCUUUUUGAGAUGAUCAAGUACUGCUUGUUCAGGACGCUAAAGCAGUGUCAGAUGCUGAAGGAGGCUCUGAUCGCCGCGGGAAAAGAGCUGGUUUGGCAUGGGAGAACCAAAGACGAGCCAGCGCAUUACUGCAGCAUCUGUGAGGUGGAGGUCUUCGAUUUGCUGUUUGUCACCACUGAAAGUAACUCUAGAAAGACCUAUGUCGUGCAUUGUCAGGACUGUGCACGGAAAGGCAGUGCUAACCUCGACAAUUUUGUGGUGUUAGAACAGUACAAAAUGGAGGACCUCAUGCAAGUCUAUGACCAAUUCACAUUAGCUCCCCCUCUGCCUUCAUCCUCAUCUUGACAUUAACGGUUCUUUGGAUCAAACCCAGGAACGCUUUUCACACCUUUCUGAUAUUCAGGAAAAGUGACCCAGUUCCACACCACUGGUCUCUGUAGCAAACCCCUCGAGGCGGCUGGAUGCUGAAAGCUGUUUGUCUAUGCAACCUGUCAAGUGUGGAGGGGCAACUCACUGGACUGGAGUGGGCAUCAUCUCUCCAUCUCCAGGACUGUUCUA